CAAGCCAUUCAUCCUCGCUUCCGUCUGUCUGCUCGCGGGUCCCAGAGAUAACAUGGUCGUGUGGACAUCCCGUCAUCCAUGGCUGUAUCAGUGAAAAAAAAGAAAUCCUUCGCCCUCCCAAACCAGCAAAGUGUAAAAAUGUGUUUCAAGGAGCGGGAUAUCAUAAACAUGGCCUCCGCAGAGAUACCCUGGCCUGUCCCAAUGAGAGCGAUUGGGGCCCAGAACCUCCUGACAAUGCCAGGGGGGGUGUCCCAGUCGGGAUACCUCCACAAGAAAGGAGGCAGUCAGUUCAGCCUGUUGAAGUGGCCUCUGAGAUUCGUCAUCCUCCACAAGGGCUGUGUGUACUAUUUCAAGAGCAGUACCUCCCCCACACCACAGGGGGCAUUCUCCCUCAUGGGCUACAACAGGGUGAUGAGGGCAGCAGAGGAGACCACCUCCAGCAAUGUCUUCCCUUUCAAGAUUGUCCACUUCAGUAAGAAACACCGUACCUGGUACUUCUCUGCUGCUUGUGAGGAGGAGAGAAAGACAUGGAUGCUUCAUCUGAGAAAAGAAAUCGACUUCUACCAUGACAGGAAGGAUUCACAAGUGCAAAGUGAUUCAGACUCUGACGCAGACAGUUUUUACGGGUCCAUAGAACGCCCCCUGGAAAUCAGCUAUUCCCCUGACACCCCAGAAGAUGAUUAUGUUGUUGAAGAGGAAGACGAUGAGGAUGAAGACUACUUGAAGCCAGAUGGGUCACCAACUUCUACAGAUCGGCCCACUGUGCCCCCUCCGGCCUAUCCGCCUCCCCCCGUCCCAGUGCAACCAAAUAAAUCCCAGAGGAGACAUGACUCUUCACUUGUAUUCUCCAAAGGUCCCCCACCCCCUGUACCCCCUGCCCCAACCAAGAGUCCUCCAGAACCAUUCCCCAAAAAGCCACCACCAUCACUCCCCCCACUCAUGGAAAGUGGGGGUAGCAAGGCAGGGUUCAGGGAGUUGCCGAACAAAGGCCCUCCCCCUCCCUUGCCGUUCGCCCCUCACUUACAGAAGCCCACCCCAGAGAAAUCUCUCCGUGCACCCAAAAGCCCAACGCCCCUACCCGCAGCAAUCGGCGUUAAAAAACCACCCGUGUCCACCAUGCCCUCUAGUGCAGGGAAGGAAGGGAAGCCCCCCCCGGGGGGUGUGGCCGUGCAGAAACCUGCCACCCUGCCCAUCUGCACUGACCUGGAGAAGAAGUUGGUUUUGAGUGCCAUUGGGAAACCCAGCCUACCACCCGUGCCGAUCCAUCGGAACAAGACACACAACGAGCCAACACAGGCCCUGCCCGGCAUACCCAAGCCCACUGAGUACAAGCCAUCCCUGGUACCCAAGCCCCCACUGCCCUUUACAGCCAAGCCUAAACCCAAGGGGUCUUCCCUCCAAAGAUCAUCUCCUGAUGGACAGAGUUUCCGCUCCUCUCCAGAUGAGAUCCCUACACACCUACGGAAUAAAAACGCGCUCAAGGACAACGACUCUGACGACGACUACGAAAACGUGCAGUUGCCGGAUUCUGUGUUCAUUGACACAACAGAAACCAGCAAUGUUGAAAGGUUAUUUAAAGAAUCAGCCAAAUCUCCCCAAGAUGGCCUGUACGGCAUUAGAAACUCUGGGACAAAGACAUCAAAGGUCCUGGUGGUGUGGGAUGUCAGUUUGAACAAGGCCAGAAACUACAGACUGUUUGAGGAGGAUUCUAGAAUCUUCUUGGAGUCGGAGCUCACCUUCCCAUCGCUGUCAGCCCUAGUGGAAUAUUACCACAGUCACCCUCUCCCCAACCAUGGCUCCCUCUGCCUUCAGAAACCCUAUGGCUACACUGCCCCCAGGUGACCACACCUGGAAUGGCUCCUGGAUGAAUCUGCCCCAACAUCAUGGGGUCUGACCACGAUGCUGCAGCGGUCGAGCGUUCAACUGCUCUCCAUCUACACAAUGCUACCACUUGCAACACUCGUGAUUCCUUUGCGAGGCUGAACACUAGGCGAAGACACCAGAAGCACAAGCAGGAUUCAACAAGGCCGGGUCCCCAAACCCUUCCCUGUCAGGGUGCGCAUGCGUACCUGCCAGGCGAGAACUUGAGCUGUGGGGGAGGGGGGUGGUUAGCACUGAAGCAAAGGCUCUGAUUGAGAUGAGAGAGCAGAGCACCCCCAGGACUGCUCUCCUGAUGUUCCUGGCUAACCUCUGUAAUACAGAGAGACAUUCCCCGCGCGGCCCCCGUGGAGAUUCACAGAGCGUCUCAAAGCAAUGGGAAACAGUCUCGACAGUGAACACAAGGAUACUUCUCAUGUGGAAAACUUCAGAUGUAAGGACUCCAGGGAGAAAAGUUCAGCUGAGGCUACUGAAAGUAAGAAAAAGCCGAAAGUCUUCACAUGAAGAUGGCUGGAGCCAUCAUGUGAAAUCCGAGGAUGGAACGUCUGAUCAGAAGCAAUUGCGCUACAGCAAAAGGGACAGUCAAUUACUACAGUAAAUAUACAAAAUAGAUUCCCCUAUUUGAUGAGUAAAGUAUGCUUUGUUCUAUCUUUGAGGAGUCAAAAUAUGCUCAAACAGUUUUUAAGCAUGGUAAAAGGUCUCCAUCCAGGCUUAAGUCCCACAGAGCGGUGCUACAGAAGACAAACAUAUCACUUACAAACAUACAAACACAUCACAGUAUUACUUCCUAAGUUGGGUUUGGCUGUGAAGAGACAAUAGCAUACAAACUCAGAUAAAGCUGCAACAUAACUUACAAAAAGUAUAUACAGUAUAUAUAAUACAU